ACAAAUCUUUGGAGAACGCACAUGUGUGAGAAACCUUUUGCCUGCUCAGUUUGUGGGAAAGGAUUCACGGUAAAUGCACAAAUUAAUAGAACACACCAGAACUCAUACUGGGGGAAAAUCUUUUGUAAGCUUAAUACAGUAUGUGGUUUGGAAUUAAAUAAUUAAUUAAUUAGCAGACAACAUCAGAGGCACCGCAUGAGACAUGACUCAGCAAAACUUGACUGCCAAACCAUGCUUGUUUUUCUUCUUGUGUCCUGUAGACAUCUGUGAAGAAUAUUUUGCUUCUGAGCAGCUGGAACAGGAACCCUUUCAAACGAAUGAGGAGGAAGAGCCAGAGCUCUGCUGCAUCAAAGAGAAAGAGCAGGAGGCUGAAUCCACCGACUUUCCGUUGACUGUCAUAAAAAGUGAAGGUGAUGACGAGGAAGGAGGUGGUGGAGAUCACUGUGGCGGAUCCCAAUCAGACAGCCUCAUAGCUCCACUAUCAGAUUGUGAUGACAUAAUGUCACAGUCCUCUGACGCUGAUCAUGAACACUUGAAAGGUGAGAUGAAAUGUCGCGCUGACAACAAGCACAUGAAAUGUUCUCAGUGUGACAAAACAUUUGUCAACAAGUCAGCGUUGAAAAGACACGCAAGAACCCACACCGGUGAGAAACCUUUUGCGUGUUCAAUAUGUGAAAAAAGGUUCUCCAUGAAGGGACAUUUAAGAACACACACAAGAACACACACUGGAGAGAAACCUUUUUCCUGCUCGGUGUGUGGUAAGAGAUUCACUCAGAAGGGACAUUUGAUCGCACACACAAGAACACAUACAGGGGAAGACACAUUUGUCUGCUCAGUAUGUGGUCUCAUCUUAACUCAAAAGGUGAGUUUAACAAAUCACAUGAGGACACACACCGGAGAAAAACCUUUUGCUUGCCCAGUGUGUGAUCUUAGACUGACUCAAAGGGCUCACUUAACAACUCACAUGAGGAUACAUAAAGUAGAGAAACCUUUUGCCUGUACAGUUUGUGAAAAACAAUUUUCUGUCAAGGGAAGUUUAGUUAGGCACACAAGAACGCACACUGGGGAGAAACCCUAUGCUUGCUUAGUUUGUGGUAAAAAAUUUUCCAUGAAGGGACAUUUAAUAACGCACACAAGAAUACACACUGGAGAGAAACCUUAUGCCUGCUCAGUCUGCGACUUCAGCUUCAGUGACAAUUCAGCUUUGGUUCGACAUUUGAGAACACAUACCGGUGAGAAAGCAUUCGGUUGCAGUGCCUGUGAUCAAUGAUUUGCUUAUAAGUAUCAGAUGGACAAACACGAGUGUGCUGGGGAGAAGAGCGCCAAUCAUUGAAUCCACCCAUCCAUCUAUCAUGGGUCACCAACCUUUUUAUAACUGAGAGCCAGUUCCUGGGUACUGAUUGAUAGACACUUCUGAAAUAACAAAUAUGCCCAAAUAACCUUGAUGUGUUAUUAUGAAUCGUUUACCAUAUUUGUUUUUGGGAAGACGCCGAUCAUGUUCACGAUUGCUCACAAUAAUUAGGAAAGAACAGUUAAUGCUUUAUUUUGAUAAAUCUCUGCCAGGUUUCACAUUUUGAUCGCCUCUACAAUGUUCCUGGAAAGUCACAAUGUCCCAUCGGUGAUCAUUUUUACGGUCUCUCACGCGAGAUGGAAAAAAAAGUAAAGAAAAAGAGCCUUGGGUUGCGAAAUUAUGUGAACUGUCAAUUCAUCGAAAAUAAAUAUGAAUGAGCCAACAA